AUGAUAUUAUCACUGAAUAAACGUGUUAAAUUUCUAUCAGUUUGUAUUAGUAUUGGAAUUAUUCUUGUACUUGUCACUCUUGCUCUUGCUGCAGCUACAUUGGGUGUUGUUGUUAAUCGAUUAAAAGACAAACCAAUAGAUAGACCAUCUCUCGAUUCUGAAUAUGCUGAAUCGAUUCAAAUUUCUGAUAUAAUGAUGCAUCUUAAUGAAUUACAAAAUAUAGCAACUAAUACAGGUGGUAAUAGAGCGAUUAAUACAAUUGGUUUUAAUCAAACACUUGAUUAUAUUAAUAAUUAUUUAUCAUCUCAUACAAAUUUUAAAGUAGCAACAAAUUAUUUUUAUUUAAGAAAUUUUAUUCUUGCUUCCAAUCCAAUAUUAAUAACAUCUAUUAAUGGUACAACUAUAAAUCGUUUAUUAUCAUCGAAUCUUUCAAUAGCAGAAUUUUAUUUUGUUCAAUAUACAAGAUCAGCUAAUUUUGCUGAUUAUGUUCCAAUAAGUGUUAUUCCAAAUGAAGGUUGUUCUGAUAAUGAUUGGCUUGCUGCAAAUCCUUCUCCUAAUGGUCGAGUUGCAUUAGUUAAAAGAGGUG